AUGAUCUUGGGGGCAGGCGGAAGUCUACCAACAACCUACAGAAUUUGUUAUGCAGUAUUUCAGGGACUGCCGAUCCCAGAAGAGCUUGCCGAGGGCGAUUUUAACUACAAAGAAAUCACAGAUCACUUGGAAUUCAUGAAAAUACCCGUGUCGUAUGAAAGCGUCACGAAAUGUUACCGGGAAACACUGCAACACGCCAAGGCUACAAAAGGCCUGAUUACAAAAAUCGUCAUUCAUAGACAACCCUUUGAUGAGGCCACCUUCGAGGAGGCAAACCGCCUUCUUACCUACAAUGAUGAUCCCAGCCCGCAAGAGCCUUGGGCCGCCCACGGCGGCGGCGGAAAGUAUCGUCAACCGGGUACGGCCCAUGACCAGCGUUUCUUGGAUGGCUCUCAGAUCCCCUCUGCAAUGCUCGGCAUGAUCAACGAGCUUGCGACGGAAAUGAUAUCCCUAGAUAUGACCCCGCUCCCGCUCAAACAGGAGGAUGUCCAAGAAAGGAUCUGGAGAGCCUGCCGAUUCUGCCACCGCUUCAUCCUUAUUCGCCCGUUUAUGGAUGGAAACGGGCAGCUGGCGUAUGCCCUGCGGUUUAUGGACUUUCUAUCUAUGAUCGAAUGA